AUGUUUUCACUUAUUAAAUUCUUUCAAGCAUGUCUUUUAAUUGUAAAUUCAUUUGCUGUUUUAAAUGAAAGAUUUUUAAAUAAAAUUGGAUGGGGUGUCAAUGGUGAAAAUAUGGAUCUUCAAUCAUUUAAAGGAAAAGUUGUUUCAUUAUUACAUAAUUUAAGAUUCUUUUUUAGAAGUAAUAUAUACAUUUUUAAUAUUAAUAAGGAUAUAUUGAUAUAA